ACUAUUGGAUAUUAUAACCCUUUACAUAAAUUUGACAAGAAGUUUAGUGCUCUACAAUGAAUUCUGGAACGAUGGAAAACUUUCUAAAGGGAAAGACCAUUUUGGUUACUGGCACAACAGGCUUCUUAGCAAAAGUUUUGGUGGAAAAGAUAUUACGGAUUCAACCAGAGAUAAAAAAGCUUUAUCUUCUCGUAAGAGCUUCAAAUACUGAUUUGGCCUCUUAUCGCUUGAAAAAUGAGGUCUUUCAGAAAGAUUUAUUUCGAGUGCUACGAGAGAAGUUGGGUGAAGAUUUUAAUUCUUUUAUAUCAAAGAAGGUUGAGGUAGUAGCAGGAGAUGUUGCUGUUGAAAAUUUCGGAAUAAAAGACAAUAACAUUAAAAAUGCAAUGUUUGAAGAGAUAGACCUUAUUGUCAAUUCUGCUGCAACUACCAAUUUUGAUGAAAGAUUUGACAACUCCAUGGGUGUGAAUACAAUGGGCGCUUUACAUGUCUUAAACAUUGCAAAAAAAUGUCACAAAGUAAAGCUUCUCGUCCACAUAUCAACGGCUUAUGUGUGUGGCAAGACCGAGGAAGGAGAAUCAAAUUUUCAAGAGAAACCUUUUGAGAUGAAUCAAUCCCUAAAGGGGACUUCACAACUAGAUAUACACACAGAAAUGAAUUUGUUGGAGAAAAAAUUAGAUGAACUUCGAGGAAUGAAGGUGGAUGAAAACAAAAUCAAACAUGUUAUGAAAGAUUAUGGAAUUGAAAGAGCAAAUUUGCAUGGUUGGCCAAACACAUAUGUAUUCACAAAAGCAAUGGGAGAGAUGCUUUUAGUGCAUCAUAAAGAUAAUGUACCAUUGAUCAUUAUACGUCCUACAAUGGUAACAAGUACAAGCAAGGAUCCCUUUUCUGGUUGGAUUGAAGGUCAAAGAACUGUUGAUGGUAUGAUAUGUGCUUUUGGUAAAGGGAAACUGCCAUGUUUUCUCGGUAAUCCAAACACAAUUUUAGACAUAAUGCCUGUAGAUUUGGUCAUCAAUUGUGUGAUCGCAGCCAUUGUUAUUAAUUCAAAUCAAGCUCCUGAAAGUUUCAUCUACCAUGUUUCUUCUUCACUAAGAAAUCCUUUCAAAAUUUCUGAUGUUCACAACAUUUCGCAUCAAUAUUUCGUGAAAACUCCUUGCUUAAACAAAAAUGGAAAGCCAAUAGUCAUCUCAAAGGGAAUUGCUUUGAAAAGUGUGGCUGCUUUCAACAUUUAUACAGAAGCCCGAUAUAUCCUGCCACUUAAGGUCUUAAAUUUGGUGAACAAAGUGAUUUGCAAUUAUUCCUUCCAAGAUGUUUAUGAUGACAACUACAAGAAAAUAAGAACGGUGAAGCGACUUGCAAAAUUAUACGAACCUUACGUGUUUUUUAAGGCAAUUUUUGAUGAUACAAACACGGAAAAUUUACGGAGGGCAACAAAGAGCUAUAACAUGGAGAAUGAGAUACUAGAAUUUGACCCUACUCGCAUUAAUUGGACAGACUACAUGAUGAAUACACACAUUCCUGGUCUGGUGAAGUAUACAAUGAAAUAAUUUCAAUAUUAAUUACUACUUCAAAAUGGCUGAGAAUUGCUCUUUAGAGCUUAUUGUGUUUGAUUAGUAUUGAUAAUGUGGAGUGUUAGUUAUUUCGUAAUUCUGAUUAUCCAAAUUUGAAUUUAGAGACAUUACUCUUUGGAGUUUAUUGUGUGAAAAGUAUUUUCAAUGGAUUGUACUAUUUCAUAGUUCUGAUUGUCUAAAUAUAUGA